AUGAUCGACACGGAAGACUUGGAAGAGGAUGCAACGCUAACCGGGGCGGAGCUCCUCCACUAUCUCGCAAGGAGAAACGAGCAGCAGCGGAAGGAAAACACUCGGAAAUUACAGGACUACACGAAGUUACAGGAGGUCCUGGAAAACCUUACAGACAGGUGCCGUGUACCCGUUUUGGCGCCCGUUGCUGGAGGAAUGGCGUACUUUGAGGCAACAAUGGACUACACAAACAACAUUUUGGUUCUCCUCGGUGACAACUGGUUUGCUGAGCGCAGCGCGAAGCAGGCGCACGAGAUUGCGGGCCGCCGCAUUGAAUUUCUUCGCCGCGAGGAACACGCCCUGGUUGAGGAGGCGGGUGCGCUGCAACAGCGACAGAGCCUGUUCCUUUCAGAGAUCCCCAACGCGGAGCGGGCGACGUUGGAGGUGGAGGCGUUGAAGGAGGACGCCUUGCACAGCAGAAGGGGAGGCGAUCGCAGGACGACACUUCCGGCCACCGCUGUUGCCGCCGCCCUGCAGCGAGCUGAGGAGGGCGCGGGGGAAACAAACGAGGCGCCGCUGCAGCUGGGUCUGAAAGAUGAGGACUUAGCGGUACUCGAUGAGCUUGAUCAGCUGACCGAAGAGGAGCUUCUGGAGAUUGAGCGGGAGUUGGGGGACCGAGUUGAGGACGAUGAGCUGGUUGAACGUGUUAUGACGGAGAGAAUUAUCGCAAAGAAGGAGAGGCGCGUUCGUGCAGAGCUGCAGAAGGGGCGUGUGCGAGAGUCACCACAGCGGGGAGAAGAUCAGGAGCUGCCCCAUCCUCAGCAGACCGUGGCAGCGGCCACCCCUGCUUUCAGCACACCGGGCGAUAUUGGUUGUACCGCCGCCGUCGUGGUAAGUGAAAUAACCACAGGGGACAAACCCAGAACGACGGACCCCGCGAUUUCUUUGCAGCGACGCGUCAAAUUCAAUGAUGUGGUGGACGUCAUUUCACUGGAGGGCGCCACCACCACCAUGAGCUUGUCCCAUGAAGGCGGUACGGUGGAGCGUCCCCUUACCUGUUGUCACGUCAUGAGAGAUGUGGUGGAGCACGACGUGGCUGUCGUACCGUCUCCUGCGCCGACUGCCACUGCGCCGAAGCGGAAGUCUCUUUUUCGAAGUGAACUCGAACAGGACGGGAGGUAA